UUCUUUGGAAUUGCGCUCGACAAGUCCAGUGCUGGAAAGAGCUACUACAAUUCAAAAAGAAAAAAAAAAAGAAAAAUCUGUGAAACUCUGUGUAAAGACAGUGAAAAAGUGUUUGAAGAACCUAAACAAGCAUAGUUAAUAAAGUUAAUAACAUUUUUAAUGUGUAUUAUCGCUAAUUAAAAAAUAAAAAUACAAACAAAAAAUAAGCAAAGCCAAUAAAAUAAUAAAAUGCCGGUCGAUAUUUGCAGUCAGCAGCACAAUAUGAUUAGCUCAAUAAGCGGAACAACAGAUACCUCUUCUUUGUCGCUUGACGCACUCUCCUUGACGUCUGCUCUGCCGCCGACCGAUUCCGAACAUCAUCAUCACAACACGCACAACAUGAACAAAUUGUGCCGUCAAGUGUCAAUUGAGUCGCCCGGACCGGGCGUAAAGAAUUGUGUUUUUAAUUUUUUCGUGCCCAUUGAGGAUACACCGGCACAUGGCGCUCGCAUCAAGAUUGUCUGCGCUGGCGCCUGCUAUCGUCGCAGAGACCGCUCCAAUUCGAUAACCAGCGUGUCGUCAGUUUCGUCGGAGUUGAGUGAUUACUGCCCGUCGGGCACAUCGAUGACAUCGAUGUCAUCGCCGGCUCAUCAGGGCAUACGUGAGGGCUCAUUCUUUCCUGGCUUCGAGGUGGCCGGCGUAAUUGAGGCGCUGGGCUCGGAGAUCACAGAGGCAAACAAUUGUGGCCUGCGCAUUGGACAGCGCGUCAUUGUCUAUCCGUUUGAUGAGACACCUGCCGGCUAUGCAGAGCUGCUGGUGGUGCCCGAUCUGAAGCACAUUGUACCGAUCCCGGAUAGUCUGCCCAUGGAGGAGGCAGCGAUGCUGCCGACAGGCGCACUGCUGGCCAUGAAUGCUGUAUUCAAAGCGCAAGCUGUUGUCACGGAGAUACUAAAUCAGCGCGCCGCCACGGAUCCCAAUAAGAAGUGUAAAAUCUUAAUCGUUGGCACAGGUGGCUUGGCUCUUUGGGCGGUGCGUAUUGCAUCCUAUCAUUUUGCAUCGACUGGUGCACACAAUGUGGACAUAACGGUGGCCAGUCUCCGGGACGAAGGUUUCCGCUUAGCUACAGAGAUUAAGAAUGUCAGCGUUGUGCAGUGGAACGAGUGUCUGUAUGAGCCGCAGCUCAUUGAGCGCACCAAGGACGUGUGUGGCGGCGCUGUUGAUGUGGUUAUUGAUUUUGGCACAACUUCCAGAAGUCUGCAUCGUUCCAUGCAUUGCCUGUCCAAGGGCGGCGUCGUGCUGAUUAGCGAGGAGGUGGCCGAGAAGCUGUUACCGAAAUUCUCCAGGCUAUCGAAUGAGUACCAGCAGGAAAUAAUACCAAUAUCGAAUGGCACCGCCGAGCAGCUGGCCGAACUGGUGCAGUUGGUGGCAAACAAAAAGAUCGAGCCGCCACCGUACUCGGUAUUCCCGUGCGAGCAGGCCGCCGAGGUCAUACAGAAACUGUGCAAUUCCGAAAUACCCGGUCGCGCCAUCCUCCGCUUCCACGAUAUUGAAUAGAUCUGCAACUAUAAAAGCAUUAACUCAUCUUAUAUGAAUAUCUCUGUUAGUUUUACUCACCCACACCGCACACACAAAACACUUGGCGCACCUUUCAAGCGAAUUAGCGGAUCAGGCUCCUCUGAUCCCGCAUCCAACCCAACCCAAACCAAACACUAAAAUAUGUGCUUAAUAUUCGUAGCAAGCAUUCGUUAACGUACUGUUUGAGUUAGUCCUUCAAUAAGUUUUCAAUUCUCUUGAAAGCAACCAGUGAUUUCAUUAAUUUCAUUAACUUCAUAAUUUUUAAGCAUUUUUUAGUAUUAUUAUAUUUUGUAUGUAUAUAUGGAUUGUGAUUGAUUUUAAUUUAAGCAGCCCAAAAAAAACUUUUACGACUUGAUUUGCGUACACUUUUAUGUAGUUCACGUGUCGUUUAUGCUUCAAUGUUGAUUUAUUUAAUUGGACUCAAAAUCACAGGCCAUCAAAAUAGAAGCGAGAUAAAAAA